CGACUGCGCAUGCUCAGUGCCGGACAGACCGGUGUCCAGUCAGUUUCAGACACUCUGAUCAGAUGCGUUUGCCUCAUAUGCUCCAGUCCCGUAAGUUACAUCCUGUUUGCCUUCGCGUUAUUAUUGCCUAACCUGCGGUGUUGAUGUGUUUAAACGCACACUGUAGAUUUAAAUCCAGACAUUUAUUCACGCGCAUAUUUCACCUGGGCUGCACCGCACCUGAUGUCGGCAUAGGCACGCGCUCGCAAGGAUAAUCAUCUUAGAGCUAGAGCCAUGGAGACAGUCAUUCACUUUGUGAAUGACUCUGUAGAGUUUUAUAAAUGGAGCCUUACCAUAGCAGAUAAGCGUGUGGAGGAAUGGCCGAUGAUGUCAUCUCCGCUCCCCACCCUGGGGAUCAGCGUACUCUACCUGCUCUUCCUCUGGGUCGGACCCCUUUACAUGCAGAACCGGGAGCCUUUUCAGCUCAGAAAAACCCUCAUUGUGUACAACUUCAGCAUGGUGCUGCUUAACUUCUACAUCUGCAAAGAGCUGCUCCUGGGCUCCAGAGCGGCCAGAUACAGCUACCUCUGCCAGCCCGUGAACUACUCCAAUGAUGUAAAUGAAGUCCGGAUAGCGUCAGCACUAUGGUGGUACUACAUCUCUAAAGGGGUGGAGUUUCUGGACACAGUGUUCUUCAUCAUGAGGAAGAAGUUUAAUCAGGUCAGCUUUCUGCACGUCUAUCACCACUGCACAAUGUUCAUCCUGUGGUGGAUCGGCAUCAAGUGGGUUCCUGGUGGACAGUCUUUCUUUGGCGCUACGAUUAACUCAGGCAUUCAUGUGCUGAUGUACGGCUACUAUGGCUUGGCAGCGUUCGGCCCAAAGAUCCAGAAGUACCUGUGGUGGAAGAAAUACCUCACUAUUAUUCAGAUGAUCCAGUUCCACGUCACCAUUGGCCAUGCCGCUCAUUCUCUCUACACGGACUGCCCAUUCCCAUCCUGGAUGCAGUGGGCUCUGAUUGGCUACGCCGUCACGUUCAUCAUCCUGUUUGCCAAUUUCUACUACCAAACCUACCGCCGCCAGCCACGCCUCAAGAUGGCCAAAUCUGCCAUUAACGGCGUCUCCAAUGGCACCAGUAAGGCACCGGAGGUCGUGGAAAAUGGCAAGAAACAAAAGAAAGGAAAAGGAAAGCAUGACUGAAAAGAAACAUAGAACAAAGUGAAACACUGUGUCUCAUGGGCUUCAAAA